AUGCCGCAAUUUGAGCUGGGCGAUUCAAUACCAUCAAACACUACCCAUGUGAGUCGAAUGGCCGUAAGUGUCUCAUUGCCCACAUGGAAGGCGAUUGUUGGCUAUGAAGAAGGAGAGCAGUGGGUGGUUGGAAAACUCAGCACAGGUUAUCCAAGAUUCUUCGUCCACAAAAGCAUCGUUGCAUUUGGUGAGGAUAUUCUGGCCAGCCACGGACGCCCUCAUCAGCGCGUCAUGCUGUUCCCUACCAAGAGGAUUGCACAACGCUGCCUGGACUUUGUCUACGAGCAGGCACCCAAGCCCGUCCAGGCGGAUCUGGAACUAGUCCAUCUAAUUUUGAAACCUUUCGCUAGGACCACUGAGACCACUCAGCAGAUUACGCCGGCGAUUUCCGCAGUAUUAUGUACUGUGGAUGCGUAUCCUUAUCUCAAACAAUAUUGGCAGCGCUCCGGUGACGGUAUAUCAAGCCGCCGAGCAGAGUUCUGCCAUAGCCUCUUUCGGGAUGGGUUGCUCAUUCGCGAGCAGAUGCCACAAUCUCCUCAUCCCCAACCACAGGGUAAGCCAUUCCGUGGGCCGCGGCGUUAUCAACGGCUGUCUUCUAUUGGGACUACGAAUAGUGUAGCAACUAGUCCUGCUCAAGGAAACAAUGGUUUCGGUGAUGAGAAGACCGAAGAUUUGGAAAGCUCACGAUUUCUCGAGGAGCGGUACGGCCGGAACCUGGAUGUAUCCCUGGUAGACAAUGCAAAGGCUGCAAUUCGACGACGUAUCGCGCAAAGCUUUUUCAAGGAGAAUGAUAUCACCUCCGGACAUCUUCCAGCUCAGGACACGAAUACUCGCUGGGUUCCUAAUUUUAAGGAGGAUGACAUCUACCUCCUUCCUUGCGGCAUGAGCGCAAUCUUCACGGCACACCAGACUCUGCUCAAAUCUAGCACACCCAGAAAGAGCAUCAGCUUCGGUUUUCCAUACGCCGAUACUUUGAAGAUUCUUCAGAUUUUUGGACCCGGCUGCAUAUUCUACGGUAAUGGAGCUGACGGAGAUUUGGAUGACCUCGAGCUUCGACUAAAGGUUGGGGAGAGGUUCCAAGCACUAUUCUGCGAGUUUCCCAGUAACCCGUUGCUAAAAAGCCCCGAUCUGGUGAGAAUACGGAAGAUGGCAGAUACUUACGACUUUGCGGUGGUGGUAGACGAGACUGUCGGCACAUUUGUUAACAUCAAUGUACUCCCGUUUGCAGACAUUGUCGUAAGUAGCCUUACGAAGAUCUUCUCAGGAGAUUGCAAUGUCAUGGGCGGAAGUCUGGUCUUAAACCCAAACAGUCGGUAUUACAGUGCGCUCAAGUCAACAUUGCACCGAGAAUUCGAGGAUACGUAUUGGCCCGAGGAUGUCAUCUUCAUGGAACGAAACAGCCGCGAUUUCAGAUCAAGGAUUGACAGAGUCAACGCGAAUUCAGAGGUUAUUGUGGACAUGCUGCGAGCUCAUCCCAACGUCGACAAUGUCUUCUACCCAAAAUACAAUAAAACACGGGCGUACUAUGAGACAUGUAAACGGCCACACGGCGGAUACGGUGGGCUGCUCUCAUGUACAUUCAAGCAGAAGGCACAAGCAGUUGUCUUCUAUGACAGCCUUGAGACGGCCAAAGGACCAAGCUUGGGAACAAAUUUUACAUUGACAUCACCAUAUGUUAUCCUAGCACAUUACAUGGAGCUGCACUGGGCUGCAGGCUUUGGAGUAAAUCCGAAUCUCCUGAGAAUCAGUGUUGGAUUAGAAGAGACGGAAUACCUCAGGUCGGUGUUUAUGAAAGCUUUGGAGGCUACGGAGGGCGUGGGUAGUAAGGCAGGUAGCUAGGCUCGUUCGAUAUCCAGAGACGCAUAUGAUUGGAGAGAGUAGGCCCGGAUGAAGUGAGGGAAUGGCCAUUUCCUGGCAUCCAGGCAGAGUGUAAAAAGUAAGGCAGUCGGAUCUCUCUUUGCCUAUAACAACGAUUGGCAUUAGGUGGAGGUGUUACUUGUCAGAUACUGAAUGUAAAUACUCUCAAAUUCCUGGCUAUCUACCAUCUUGUGCUCU